UGACGUCACAAGCCCCGCGCCGCCUCGAGUCUGCGACGCGGGCGGAAGGUCAUCCCUGUAACCGGCUCAGCGCUUGGAGCAGCUGUCGCCAUGUUGUCGGUCGCCGCCCGCUCGGGCCCGUUCGCGCCCGUCCUCUCGGCCACGUCCCGCGGGGUGGUGGGCGCGCUGCGGCCCUUGGUACAGGCCUCGCUGCCCGCCACCCCGGAGCCGCUGGUGCUGGACGUGAAGCGACCUUUCCUGUGCCGGGAGUCACUGAGUGGCCAGGCCGUGGGACGGCCUCUGGUCGCCUCCGUGAGCCUCAAUGUCCCUGCAUCUGUUCGUUACUCCCAUACAGAUGUCAGAGUGCCCGACUUCUCCGACUAUCGUCGCACUGAAGUUUUAGAUAGCACAAAGUCUUCAAAAGAGAGCAGUGAGGCUAGAAAAGGCUUCUCAUAUUUGGUAACUGCAGCAACUACUGUAGGCGUCGCGUAUGCUGCCAAGAAUGUCGUCACCCAGUUUGUUUCCAGCAUGAGUGCUUCUGCUGAUGUAUUGGCCAUGUCGAAAAUUGAAAUCAAGUUGUCCGAUAUUCCAGAAGGCAAGAACAUAACUUUCAAGUGGAGAGGCAAACCCCUGUUUGUGCGUCACAGAACCCAGAAGGAAAUUGAGCAAGAAGCUGCAGUUGAAGUGUCCCAGUUGAGGGACCCACAGCAUGAUUUAGAUCGAGUAAAGAAACCUGAAUGGGUUAUCCUGAUAGGUGUUUGCACUCACCUUGGUUGUGUACCCAUUGCAAAUGCAGGAGAUUUUGGUGGUUAUUACUGCCCUUGCCAUGGGUCACAUUAUGAUGCCUCUGGCAGGAUUAGAAAGGGGCCUGCGCCUCUCAACCUUGAAGUUCCCACGUAUGAGUUCACCAGUGAUGAUUUAGUGAUCGUUGGUUAGAGACUUGGAUUCAAGUCCUAGGCUUCUUUUAGUCUUCCUGUCUCCUCAGAAGACUUAAGAGCAAGCUGUCUGUACUUCAAGUUGGUUAAUUUGAAAUACUUAAAAAUUGUUAAUAAUGUAUUUGGAAACAUUAAUGUGAAGUGAAUUGAAUUUAAUGUUGACUACUUUCAAGUAUUCACUUAAAGCCAUUGCUAAACAUUGUUAAACUCAGUCAUAGACUUGAAAGUUACAAUGUCUUUGAUAACUUAAUACUAAUUAAAAAUUACAGACUGGUGUAAGAGAUAUUUGUGAAAUCUAUAAUUGACUUUCUCAUUUACUUUUUUGUCCAAAUAUUUGUUUCCUGCUAUACGUCAUGGCAUAGAUUCUACAGAGGUUCUUGUUAGGUAAAAUUAGCUGGUCAUCUCCAGUGUGUGCUUCUCCUUUUUUUUCCGCAGGUCUCAGUAAGUGUCCUGUGUUCUCCUGAACUAUAAUCUGUGUGAUAAUGAAAUCUAUGAGAAAGAGGUGUUAACACCUCUGAGGGUUUUCCUCCAGGUGUGGUUAGCUAUUUUUCUUUUUUGUUUUUUGCCUGUGUGAAAGGCUAUGAAGUUUUUUUGUCCCCUUUGAGAGUUAGUUAGUAUAGUACUUAGAUAAUAUUUGAGAGAAGCUUUCCAAAAUGAGAGUGCUUUUCUGUUACUUCCUUCAUUUGGCUUGGAGGGUAUUCAUGUCCCCAAUACUCCUAUGUCUACCAUAUCAAGAGGCAGAAAGGAGCAUCUGAGACUUAAUACUAUCUUUUUGUGACAAAUGACCAUGCUGGUUUUGUCUCUGGUGAUUACAUUUUGAGGGGUUUCUUCCAGUUAGGUUUGUAGCACUCGUUACUUCACUGUGAGUAGGUAGGAUUGGGCCCAAGGAGAGCAUAUGAGCAUUAACAUCUUAUUCCUUCUGCCUCCUGUCCCGAUCUGGCCUCAGACAGUUAACACAGGUGAGACAGGACUGAGGUGUGAUCCUCCCCCUGGAACAAGGAUUGGGCUUUGCCUUUCGUUAAACAUCACAGCUACUUUUUGAUAGGUUUGUCUGGCUUGGGCUGUUGGGAGGUUGGUCAGUAUUGUAUGCACUGUAUAGAAUCUACCUUGUGAUCACAUACGCACUUGUAAAAUAGCAAAUGAGAUUAAGUGGUGAGGGCUGCCCAGAGGGAGCUUACUGUCAAGGAUUCCAUUAUUUAAUGUUAGUGGCUGGGUGCUUGUAUAAAAAAAAAUACUAAAGUUUCUGUUAACCAUUCUAGAAUUGAUGGGAUAUGAAAGUACUAUUUUUAUAUUCUGAGACUCCACUUAAUGGGUUUUGUUCUGGUAUUGGGUGAUGGCAGAGCAGGGAUGUAAAAUGUUUAGUUGUGAGAGAGACAACCAUACACUAAAAAUUGAGUUGCCAAAAAUGUCAGCAGCGCUCCUUCCUUGCAGAGUAAUGCUGAUAACCAUCCCAGGCUCCUGCCUCUAAUCUUCAUGUGAUACCUGGAAGUAAUCUCAAUAUUUUCAUUUUGAAGUGCCAAACAUUACUGUAUUAGAAUCUACAUGGUGAUUGAAGUUUAAAGUGGAAAGUUCACAGGCCUCUUAAAUGUUGCAUCACAGGUACUUUGAGCUGAAAUUGCGUCUUGUGGGCUGUGUAUGUCUAAUGAUGUUUUGAGGUUUAUGAUGGCGUACAGUUAAAUCCUAGUAAUACUUAGUUUUAAAUGAAGGCUUUGUUCCACAAAUGGCAAGACAAUUCACAUCACUUGAUAUUUUCCUAAGGGGAUAAAACAGACGGAUGUUAGCUUUUUUGCUUAUAGAACCAAAACUCUAAAUAUUAGGGAGAAAUGACUUGAAAUAGAUGAAAUCUAACCAGUUGGCAUCCUGACCAUUAAGAGGUACACCUUUUUGCUGGGAGUCAUUUUUGGGGCAGUAUUGAGUCCCAACCCUUUUUAUUAUGCUUUUAGAAACUAUGUUCCGUAAAAUGUACUUUUGUAAAUUUUGUAUUUAAUAGACAUAAAUAUCUUUGCAACAUCUUUGACUCCAUCUGAAAGUAUAAAGGGAACUUGUCGGUGUUUAUGACUUGGGAUCAAAAUGCUUUUAGCAAACACACACCCAUUUUUCUAAACAGUGAGAAUAUGCAUCUGAUAAUUAGAAGUCAUUCUCCAUUUUCCUAGUACUAAAUCUCACUUUCUGUAUUUUCAUGUAUUUGAAUUUUGUUGCAUUUUAUGCAUUAGCCCCAAAUAAAAGUCCGUAUUUUUUAGGAUGAAAAAUAUCUUUGCCAUCUGCUUUACAUUCACAUUUUAUUAUUACUUAUUUGAUAAUGACUCCCCUAUACCACUUCCCAGAGUUUCAUAUUUAUAUUCAACUGUACACUGUAGAUGUCUAUUUGUAGAUGUCCUAUAAAUACUUUAAGGAAAAGGAAUUCUCUGCCGUAAACCAGUUUCUUCAUCACGAGUGGUGGCCUCUUUUUCCAUUACCUCCUCUCCCUGAGCCCAAAUCAUUCCCUAAAUCCAGCUAAUUUUAGUCACCUCAGUGUAACAGGUCUUUUUACUGUCUCUGUUGUCUGUAUGAUUAAUAAAGGCUAACUUUGCAUAGUGAAA